GCUGGUAAUUUGGCUCAAUUCAACAAAACGACAGUUGAUGAGAAUGAGAAUUAUGGAUUCGAAUACGACUACGGAAGCAUUAUGCACUAUAGCCAGAGCAUUUUUACCGAAAAGAAAAAGGGACCAGCGUUUACGACUUCACCGGAUGAAAAAUACGAAUAUACUGUAGGAUCCGACAUGUUAUCAUUCAUCGAUUUGGCUAUGAUCAACGCGCACUAUCAUUGCCAAGCUGCUAUACAGCUUACAUUAACGUGA